CUUCCCCUUUGUUUGUCCCUCUUGGAAUGGAAAGAUCGGUGCAGAAGACCAGAAAGCUCUCUAAAGAUGGAGGUGCUUUGUCAACAGACAGUGAAGACAUAAAUGGCAGUGCAAAAGAAAGAAAACGUCACAAACGCCAUCAAGGGCCACGCAGCCUGCGAGGAGAGGGCAAAGGUUUAGAAGAAUUGCAAGCACAUAAAAAGGAAAACAAACCACCUUCCAACACCAAAGAACAACUGCAAACAUCAGUAAAAGAACAUGUGCCAGACAAGGAGAAUUCAGUCACCGAAAAUAAAACUAAAGUGCCAGAUUCAUUGCAGGAAGGAAAAACCUUGACUAAGCGCGAUGGCGAGAAAACGAUGGAUGCUUCGCAAUCAAAUGGAAAAAGCAGCAACAGGGGAAGGCUGAGGGACUUCUAUGAAGAAUGUGUUGAAAUGAGCACUGGUCUGGAAUCAGGCCAAGACCAACAGAGGUGGUUCAAAGUAAACAAGUCUGAGAGGAACAAAAUCAAAGAGCGACUCACUUCAGGACUCACUGCCAAUAGCUCGGCAUCAGAAGUGGAACUUAGUGAGGAAAGUGACAGCAGUUUUACAGAAGCAAGGAAACCUAAAAUGAAUAACAACCAAGGUCCAGAGGAUGCCUUACAAGACUUACAAAAACAGAUGGAUGCCAUGACAGACGUGCUGAGCAAAUCUGACGAAGUGGAUCAACUAGUACUGAGGAACACAGGUCUGACUGAUGAACUGCUGAAGAGUUUGGCAAUCGCGCUCAAGAGAAGCCCAUCUGAAGUCACAGUGAUUAACCUUAAUCUGAACCAAAUCGGACCCCCUGGAGUCAAUGUUUUGCUAGACCUCCUGCAGGCCAAACCACAGAUCAAAGAACUACUAUUGUUUGGAAACCAACUUGGCGAUCUUGGAGUACAGACCCUGCUUAGUGGAUUGGCCGAACUUCAAGAUAAAACAGCAGCACAGCCUGGAAACUCUGAACCCAUCUACUUCUCUCCAGUUAGCAUUGUGAUCAAAGAGUUAGACCUAGGUGGAAACGGCAUUGGGAGCGAGGGCCUGAGGGUGCUGGCCACUUUCAUGAGGUAUCAUUCCCACCUUCAGUAUCUGGGCCUGGCACAGACAUCAUGUUCAGACAUGGAGGCUUGGAUAGUCUUGUUUGAAAGCCUGAAAGUGAACACUACGCUGACACACAUCAUCUUAGAUGAAAGCAACCUUGGGGACAAUGGUAUCAAGCUGUUUGCUGAGGCACUGAGAUCAAAUAAGACCCUGAGGAAGGCAGACUUGGAUAAUAAUCGUUUCGGCGAGGUUGGAGGACAGUAUCUCCUUGAGGCUCUACGCUCUGGGGGAAAACGUUCCCUUGAGAACCUCAGCUUGGAAGGUAACUACAUCAGCAGCACACUGAUGGCCAACAUACAGCAGGAGCUUGAAUCUAACAAACCAGCUGCUCUGUAAACUGAGAUGUAUCAUCAAUUAACUUGUGCUUUACAACUCAAACUUCUGGCGGGAUGUACAGUAAAUAAGCCUGAUGUCUUCAGUGCAGGACAGAGGGAAAAACUUUGUGGAAAGCACAUGGGUGGCUUCCAAACAUUCUAAAUGGAUUGCUUUAUUCUGUGAUCCAUCUAUUUGGGAGUUUUAACAGUGGAGGCAAAACUUUAGAGAAAUAUUUGCUUGGGCUCUUGACCCGGUCUUUACACCACAAGCCAACAGAUUCUCCCACUCAUGUCUUUGAAGCUUGUGAAUUGUCCGUGCAUCUGGAAGGUGAGAUUUUCAUUUUGGU